AUGGGAAAACCGCAAAUAUGGGAAAACCGCAAAUAUGGGAAAACCGCAAAUAUGGGAAAACCGCAAAUAUGGGAAAAACGCAAAUAUGGGAAAAACGCAAAUAUGGGAAAAACGCAAAUAUGGGAAAAACGCAAAUAUGGGAAAAACGCAAAUAUGGGAAAAACGCAAAUAUGGGAAAAACGCAAAUAUGGGAAAAACGCAAAUAUGGGAAAAACGCAAAUAUGGGAAAAUCGCAAAUAUGGGAAAAUCGCAAACAUGGGGAAAACGCUAACAUGGGGAAAACGCAAAUAUGGGGAAAACGCAAAUAUGGGGAAAACGCAAAUAUGGGGAAAACGCAAAUAUGGGGAAAACGCAAAUAUGGGGAAAACGCAAAUAUGGGGAAAACGCAAAUAUGGGGAAAACGCAAAUAUGGGGAAAACGCAAAUAUGGGGAAAACGCAAAUAUGGGGAAAACGCAAAUAUGGGGAAAACGCAAAUAUGGGGAAAACGCAAAUAUGGGGAAAACGCAAAUAUGCGGAAAACGCAAAUAUUGAGAAAACGCAAUUAUGGGGAAAACGCAAUUAUGGGGAAAACGCAAUUAUGGGGAAAACGCAAUUAUGGAGAAAACGCAAUUAUGGGGAAAACGCAAUUAUGGGGAAAACGCAAUUAUGGGGAAAACGCAAUUAUGGGGAAAACGCAAUUAAGGGGAAAACGCAAUUAUGGGGAAAACGCAAUUAUGGGGAAAACGCAAAUAUGGGGAAAACGCAAUUAUGGGGAAAACGCAAAUAUGGGGAAAACGCAAAUAUGGGGAAAACGCAAAUAUGGGGAAAAUGCAAAUAUGGGGAAAACGCAAUUAUGGGCAAACACAAAUAUGGGGAAAACGCAAAUAUUUGGAAAACGCAAAUAUGGGGAAAACGCAAAUAUGGGGAAAACGCAAAUAUGGGGAAAACGCAAAUAUGGGGAAAACGCAAAAAUGGGGAAAACGCAAAUAUGGGGAAAACGCAAAUAUGGGGAAAACGCAAAUAUGGGGAAAACGCAAAUAUGGGGAAAACGCAAAUAUGGGGAAAACGCAAAUAUGGGGGAAACGCAAAUAUGGGGGAAACGCAAAUAUGGGGAAAACGCAAAUAUGGGGAAAACGCAAAUACGGGGAAAAUGCAAAUAUGGGGAAAACGCAAAUAUAGGGAAAACGCAAAUAUAG